AUGUUUGGAAAAGGUACAAACGAGAGGUUACGUCCGGCAUGUUUGUCGCUAGCUGAUUAUACUCCAGAGCAGGAAGUGAGUAGUGUAGGUGCAGCAACAGCAUUCCGAAAUGAAAAUCAGGAAGGCUUUCCGGAAUUCUCACAACAAAUAGAUAGUGAAUUAGUUAGUGCCGAAGACGAGACAAUAUCGGUUGCAACAAACAUUUCAGAGGAACAACAGUUAAUGCUGUUCAAUGUUGACGAUGACAUUUUUACAGAAGAAAUUGUUAUUGCUGAAGAAGUCUUUGCUGAUGAAAUAAUGCUGAAGCCGAAGAAAACAUGUAAAGAAUUGAAACAACAGGUGAACGUUGUUUCUGCAACAUUGAACGACCUGAUUGUGGUGGUAUCGUCGCUCAAUAAUGCUUCACAGGGAGCUGGUUACAUUACGAAGAUUGCAGUUCAGCAGUCUUUCAAAAGGGAAUUGGAUGACAUUUAUGCGGCAAUAAAUAGUCAAGAAAGUCACGAUUUUAUUGGAAAUGCUGUGGUGAAUAACGGUAAAACUACCGUUAAUUUUCAAUUUUAUUCACUACCCGAUGGGCAACCUCCUUCGAUAAAAGUGCAGAUUGAGGGAUUUCGAGCAACACUUGAUGAUACAAUUCUGAUGCACCUUUCUGCUUUCAUAUAUGAUGAUCAAAAGACUAGUGUUCCGUCGAAUUUGAAAAUUAAUUUGGUGGAUACACAAAUUACUGUUAGGGAUCCAAAGACAAAAUCAUUCCGAAUCAAAUUGAACGAUUGCGUCAUAGAGCAGACAGAGGAUGAUGAGAACAUUUACGAUUCAUCAUAGUGCAUAUGUCGUAUUAUUGUUCUAAAAAUUUCCCCAUUUUAGGUAUUUCUCUGCCCAUUUCCAUUUUUUGAAUUCUUCACUUCAAC